UUGCGCGCAUAACUUCACUAACAUUUGCGCCAAAGAACCACUGUGCACAAAUUACGCACGAAAAAAAGAAAACGCAAGUCCUCAUCACCGCAAAAGUUUGACACUCAAACUUCAAAUCGCAUUGCUUUGGGAGAGACAAGCGUAACUGCGUGGAGAUUUGGGAAGGAAUCUUCAUUGUUCAGAUCCCUCCUCCUUCUUGGGAAGUGGGAGGACCCGAAAAGCUCCUCGCAAAAGGGAGAAUUGUUCCAGGGCUCAGUCAUCCAAAAACGUCCUUUCAAUGCGAGAAGUUGGGGAGCUGAAGAAAAUGUCGGUGCUGUAGUAGUAGUAAAUAACUAAAGCGGCAGCGGUUAAAGAGAGAAAAGAAGCGGGCGACUUGCAUUUCUGUUGGAUUAAACCGCGAAAACAGUUGAGGAAAAAGUCGAGACUCGGAAAAAGUAGUGGAUUCAACUCCAAACUACUGCACGUUUCUGGGGGUAGUGUAUGGAAAAUGUCUGGGAUAUUGGAUUGGAUUCCUUGGGAAAGAAAGCGGAAGGUUCGAGUUGUCUGCACCCUGGGUGCACUGCUGUGCUGUUUGCAAUGUAGUGUUGCAUUAAGAGAUGUCCCAGUCUUCACAGAUGAGCCUCUCUCUGUGGUACAAAAAGUGGGGGGCAGCGUGACCCUGCGCUGCAGUGCCCUGCCCAACCAUGUCAACAUAACCUGGCGGCUGAACGGUCGCGAGCUGCCAGCUGGGGGCGACGAGGAGCUCGGAGUGUUGGUGCAACCUGGCUCGCUGUACAUCCCUACCCUUUCUAACCUCACCGUGGGCAGAUACCAGUGUGUGGCCACCACCAGUGUCGGGUCUAGCGCUAGUAUACCGGCCAACGUUACUGCUGCUAAGCUGCGAGAUUUUGAGCCAGAUGACCAGCAGGAGAUCGAGGUAGAUGAAGGAAACACAGCAGUGAUCGAGUGUCAUCUACCUGAAAGCCAACCUAAAGCUCAGGUCCGCUACAGUGUCAAACAGGAGUGGCUAGAGACAUCUAAAGGAAAUUACCUCAUCCUGCCGUCAGGAAACCUUCAGAUAGCCAAUGCUACGCAGGACGAUGAGGGUCCCUAUAAAUGUGCCGCCUACAACCCUGUCACCCAGGAAGUAAAAACCUCCACCUCUACCGAUCGUCUACGGAUACGACGUUCGACAUCCGAGGCUGCACGCAUCAUCUAUCCGCCGGCAUCCCGGUCCAUAAUGGUGAACAAAGGCCAGCGGCUUGUGCUCGAGUGCGUGGCCAGUGGCAUUCCCACACCACAGGUCACAUGGGCAAAGGAUGGCCUGGACUUGCGAAAUCAUAACAACACACAAUUUCUGCUUAGCAACCUGCUGAUUGACACGGCAAGCGAGAGCGAUUCGGGCACGUACGUGUGUCACGCUGACAACGGCAUCGGCUCGGCUAACUCCGCUACCGUGCGGUACGACGUACAGGUGUUUGAGCCCCCACAGGUGCGUGUCGAGCUGCAGCAACAAGAUGUGGCGUGGGGCGACACGGUGCGUUUCAGCUGUCAGGUGAGGGGCAAACCCACGCCCACUGUGGUGUGGCUCCACAACGCUCAGCCCGUGAGCCCAUCGGCGAGGCAUCGAGUGUCGUCGCAGGUGCUACGUGUGCUGAAUGUUGGGCCGCAGGACGACGGCGUGUACCAGUGCAUGGCGGAGAAUGGCGUGGGGAGUUCCCAGGCCGCUACGAGACUCCUUACUGUCCCGACAGUGCCUUCACGGUCCGGUAAGCUACCCAUGAUUCGACCAAUGAGCCCAGACAAGGUCUUGCGGGAACAGCCACCAUUGAAGCCUAUGGCCACCAGUGCAAUGCUGCCUCUCGACUGCUCCGAGAUCAGAGUGUCACUUGCCGAUGCUCCAAUUAUCCUGAGCCAGCCACGCACGGGAAAGGCCGACUUCUAUGAACUCACCUGGAAACCACGUCAUGAUGGAGGAGCACCUGUGCUGGAAUAUGUCAUAAAAUACAGAAAGGCUGGAGAAUCUCCUGGUGAGUGGAUCACAAGCAGUAUUUCGGGCUCCCAGCACAAGCUGACUUUGACUAAACUACAGCCCACCAGUCUCUAUGAAGUGGAGAUGGCCGCUAGGAACUGCGCUGGACUCGGGCAGCCCGCCAUGAUGACUUUCAGAACAGGCAAAUGGAGAAAAGGAGGACCUAUAGGGGCUCCAAAAACACCAGUGGUGCCACCCCGGCUCUCGCCUCCGGAAGCACCAGACAGGCCUACGGUCUCCAUGGCGACAGAGACCUCAGCUUACGUGACGUGGAUACCUCGCGGGAACCGCGGAUUCCCCAUCCAGUCAUUCCGUGUGGAGUACAAGAAACUACGUAAAGGGGGUGGAGACUGGGAAGCGGCUGUGGAUAACAUCCCACCAUCCCGCCUCUCAGUCGAAAUCGCGAGCUUGGAGAAAGGCACAUCAUACAAAUUCAGAGUUUUGGCUGUUAAUGUGUUGGGAGCGAGUCCACCCAGUGCUCCCUCUAAAGCUUACACAGUAGUGGGCAGCGGGCCACCAAACCGACGUCCUGUUGACGGACCCUACAUCACAUACAACGAAGCCAUUAACGAGACCACCGUUAUCCUCAAGUGGACGUACACACCAGUAAAUAACACUCCUAUUUAUGGCUUCUACAUCUUCUAUCGACCCACCGACAGCGACAAUGAUAGUGACUACAAAAAGGAUGUAGUGGAAGGUGACCGAUAUUGGCACUCCAUUACGGACCUGCAGCCCGAAACGGCUUACGACAUUAAGAUGCAGUGUUUCAAUGAAGGAGGAGAGAGCGAGUUUGGAAAUGUUGUCAUCUUGGAAACUAAAGCACGCCCUCACCAGAGGACCACACCUCCCGAAACAUCAUCCUCCAGACCUGACCAUCUUGGAAACCCUGUGCCACGGCCUGGUGAUCUGCCUUACCUCAUUGUGGGCGUGGUGCUAGGGGCGUUUGUUUUCAUCAUCGUGGCUUUCAUCCCAAUCUGUCUGUGGAGAGUUUGGGCCAAACAAAAACAAACCCUCGAUAUGCGCUUCCCAACUUUGGCACCUACAGUUUCUCCAUGCCAGUACACCAUGGUACCACUGCAAGGUUUGGCUCUUGGUCGGCCCUGUGGGGUAGACCCCAACUUGGCACAUGCCCACACCAUCUAUGCUCCUAAAGGAGAAUAUAUUCCUAAUGGGAAACACACUAUGCAACCCCUACCUGGAGUUAACCAGGAGGAUGCUGGCUAUGAGUAUGAGAGUGAUGCUUUGUUGCCUCAGAAACAUCCCAAUACACAAUCGCAUAUCAACAUUUACUGUAAUGGGGUACCUGGCUGUCCUGAAGUGGGUUGCUGUGAGAGUGGUGACUCCCCAUUGCAGGUCAUCAGCUCAUCUGAUCCUCCACAAAAUCCUGACUCUGUGGAGGACAAUCACCUUUAUACUGAAGCAGUUCACAUGGAAGUGGAAAUGCCUGCAGACUUUUCCCAGUCAACUGCAGCUGAUACAGGCAUGAAUGGGUUUCUUCAAAAUGCUGAGCAACCGGAACUUAGAACAACUUUGAACUUAAGGCGACUUGAAGAACCAGGGACACAUGAUCUUAAAGAUGGAUAAAACGCUCAAAAAAUAAAGAAAAACAGAGAAAAUAUUUAUUUUUGUAUAACAGAUGCUAUAUUUAUAUAUUUAUGUCUUUGUACAUAGUAUAGUUUUUUUUACUGUGUGUAUAUAUAGGUUUUUAUUUCAGAUGUUACACGUUUUUGGUGUGUUUGUCGGUCAUCAGCUAGACAUUGAUGAACAUUUUCAUAAGCAUGCUAUAAAAAUUAUCCUGUAUUAAGUUUCAGAUUUCCCACUGACAAGAUUGUGUUGAUGUUGGAAGUACAGCUAGUGGAAAAUGUUAUGCUUUUAGAGCAUAACACACCAAUCAUUACAUUGUAAUGCGUAGAGAUUCGAGACAGAUAACUGUUUAAAAACACUUUGCAUCAAAAGUAUUUGUAGAAUGUGUACACAACUUAUACCUUUAUGCAUAGGUAUUUUAUGCACAGUAUACCCACAUGUUUUAUGAUUUUAUAGCAUGUAAAUGCUACUGUAAGGUUACAAGAUACGCCAUUUCCGAAAUGUCUGAUUGUAACUUUUUUACAGGGGUUUCCUCAAUUUAAGUAAGCCAUUAUGAGUGAUUGUGUUUUUAUAGCUUUGUAUAUAUUACUAAAAAUUAUAUAUGUUCAUCAUUAACAAAAAUAAGGAAUAUAUGCAAAGUAUAUGCAUUCUGUGUGUAGUAAUAUUGACUGAGAAAGAGACCAUAUAUUGUAGGUAUUUAUUUUUUCAGUAUUUGAAAGAUUGUUCAAAUGGGCACGCCUACAAUAUCCAGAUUUCUGUGUUGUAAACUGAGUUGUAGUCAAACUUGUAUAGUUAAAUCUCUAAUAGAUUUUACUGUUGGAGACCUGCAAAUCACCUGCAUCAGUAUUAUUUUCCCAUUGUAAUAAACACAAAACAUGAAGGAAAAGAACAAUCUCCAACAUUAUCUAGAAGUGUAGCUCUUUGGUUACAUGGAUUGAGCACUAUUGCUUGUAAAUAAAGCUAAAGAAAAUCAUA